CCAUGGGACGGCCGGCUAGAAAAGCCAAAGAGGAAGGUGGGGACCUCGUCCAGUGUGAGAGGUGUGAACGAUGGUGUUAUUUGGAUGAAACGACAUUCAAAACCGUGGCGGAGGCGGAAGGGAACGGCUUCGUGUGCAGGCUGUGUAAGAUGAUUGAGAAUUUGGAGAAGCAGCUAAAGAGUGAAAUGGCGAGGACAAAGGAGGAACUCGAGAAAGAAAAAACGAAACGCGCAGAGUUUGAGGAAAGGGUCGAGAGAGAGUGGGCCUCAAGAAUGGAGGCUGCAGAACGGAAAUGGAGUGAGGAGCGAGAGAAAAGGCAGCAAUUGGAAAAACAAUUGAAAGAGAUGAGAGCGAGAGAAGCGGAGAGGGAGACACAGCAGGAACGGAAGGAAAAGGUAGCAGGAGGAUCACCCAGUGGAGCAGAAUCGGGGGCGGUCACGUUAACGUGGGGACCGCGGGCGACACAGGUGCAGAGGGAUGAGACGACAGGAGGCAGAGAAGGCGAGGAGGCAGGGAAGACCCAGCCGACAGAGACAGGAGGGAGGCAAGAUUUGCUUGAAGACCGAAAGGUCUGGGUCGUUGGAAGCUCCAACGUAUCGCGAAUACAAACAGCACUCCUCAGAACAGUGCAGUAUGACAGACGAGUGAAGGUCGAGUGUAUGCCGGGGGCUCGAUUCGAAGCUGUGGCGGAGAGAGCCAAAAGCAAACUGAAGGAAAACAGUGAGGGAAGAAACCUAGUAAUUUUGCACGCUGGGGUGAAUGACGUCCUACAGAAUAGGGGGCGAAUGCUGGGCAGGCAGAUUCAAGAGGGAGUCGCAAAAUUAAGGGCGACCUCUGAGGCGGUGCACAUUGCCCUGUGUACUGUCCCAGAGAUCAGGGGACAGGGCCCUUUCAUUGAAGAGCAGGUAGUGGCGGCAAAUGUAGUGAUUAGGGAGUUGGGGCGAGCCCUGAAGUGUGAUGUGGUGGAGGUGAACCGAAUGAUUGGAGGGAAAAACUUCCCCCCUUUCGGCCCGGAUGGCAUCCACUACACUACACCAGCGGGAUGGCAGGUAGGAACGAGGGUGGGUCGUAGGGCUCAGGCUUUUUUGCAGGCGCGCAGGGCGACCCUGCAAGCCAAAACGUAAACGAUGAAGGACAGGGGAAGGGGGGCAGGACAGGAGCACGGAGGAGGAAGAGGAAGAAGGCAGUAAAUGUAGGGUUCAUCAACAUGCAGGGGGGAAGAAAUCGCAUUAAGUGGGACGAAAUAGCAGAACAGUUACAAACGGAAAAUUUUCAGGUAUAUGGAGUUGCCGAAACCCAUUUAAGAGAUGAGGAAGAGCCACCAUUCAUUGCGGGAUACACCUGGGUUGGUUGCAACAGAAAAAGGGAAGAACGCAGAGGAGGAGGCCUUGGGGCGCUAGUGAAGGGACAGGACUGGGAAAGGGUAAGAGAGAGCUGCAGUGAGCACAUGUGGCUCAAGGGCACCGUAGGGAAUGUUGAGACAAUCCUGGGAGUUGUGUAUCUGAAAACGGGGAAUGGGUCGAAAGAGGAGAAUGCAGAACAUUUCAAAUGUAUGGCCAAGGACAUCAGGGAGGUAGCUAUGAAACGGGAGAUAAUCAUCCUAGGGGACAUGAAUGCACAUUUGGAAUACUUUGACGGGGCGACAGAUGCAACAGGGCAGAUGUUAGUAGAUUUUUGUGAGGCUCAUGAUUUUGUGAUAGUUAAUACUGAAAUUAAAUGUGAUGGGAAAAUAACAUGGGAAAGAAAUAACACCCACUCGACAAUCGACUACUGCCUAAUGUCCCACAAGCUGUAUGAACGGUUGGGAUGUAUGGAAAUUGAUGAGGAAGGUACAAAAAGCCUGGGGAGUGAUCACAAACGAAUCAAAAUCAGUUUUGGAAGGACAGUACCACUGGUAGAAACUAAAGAAAGGAAAGGUAUGAGCAAAUUGAAUGACAGGCAGCUACAAGAAGUGGCGAAAAACAUUGAAAGCAUGGUAUCCAAGCAACCACAAAGGGCAUGGACAUACGACGAGUUAAUAGGUAUUUUUAAACGAGAGCUAGAGAAGGGACAGAUUAGGAAACUAGGAAGUAAGCAGGGUAAAUAUAAACCGAAAAGCUGGUGGGACCGAGAAGUUAAGGAAGCCGUAGAGCAACGCAAAGAUGCGUGCAGAAAACACAGAGCAGCGAAGAAAAGGGGAGCCACACCAGAAGAGGUGGAGACUAAAUGGGAGGAAUACCUUGCAAUGAAAAGAGAAGCAAUGGCAUUAAUUCAAGCCAAGAUAGCAAAAGUUGGGGUACAGUGGAUGUUAGAGAUACGAAAAAAAGACAGGAAUGCCUCUAAGAAAUUUUGGGAACACAUUAGGCAACAGAAUAAGAAGACAGAGGUGGUUCAGCACUCACUGACCACGCCAGAUGGAACAAAGGUAGAGGGAGAGGAAGCUCAGGAAUAUAUUAGGUUAACAAUAGAGGCAGCAUUUGCAGAGCCAGUGGGUAACGAAAUGGAGAAUAAUGACAACAGCAGGACAGAAUUAGAGGAGGAGUACAGAAGGAUGACAAGUAAGGAAUGGGACAGAAUUGAACACAAGGUCCCAGUGGGAACAGCGACAGGACCUGACGGCAUACCUAUGAAAUUGAUAAGCAUAUUAGGCCAGAAAAGUAAAUUAAAAUUACGACAACUUAUUGAACAAAUAGUAGUAGGGGGAGAUGUUCCACAGGACUGGAAAUCAAGCAGAAUGUUAUUAGUUUACAAAGGUAAGGGAAGCAAGGACAACAUUAAAUCCUACAGGCCAAUAACUAUCACAUCAGUCAUAUACAGAGUAGCAAUGCAGAUGGCGAAGGAGAGAAUGGAGGAAUGGGCAGAACGAGAAGAGAUCUUGGGAGAACUGCAGAAUGGAUUUAGAAGGAACAGAAGGCUAGAUGAUAAUUUAUUUGUUAUAACACAGUGCAUAGAGAUAGCGACAGCCAGGCAGAAACCACUAUGGAUAGCCUUUUUAGACAUUAGAGGAGCUUAUGAUAAUGUAAACCGAGAAAAGUUAUGGAGCCAGUUGAGGGAAUAUGGUCUAGAGAGAAAGAUGAUAGAGUUCCUACAACAAGUUUAUACAGAUAAUGAGGUAGAGAUAACAUGGGAGGAGGAAACUACAAAGCCAGCUAAAAUAAGAAGCGGUCUCAGACAGGGCUGUCCAUUGUCACCUCUGCUUUUUAUGAUCUACAUGAGCCAAAUGGAAAAGAGACUAAAACAGAGCACAAUAGGAACCGACAUAAGCUAUAUGCUGGAAGGGCAGAAGGUAGUUCAAGUACUAGCCGGACUGAUGUAUGCAGAUGAUAUAGUACUGCUUGCUGACACCCGAGAAGGACUACAGGAACUAAUGAGCAUAUGUGGAGAGGAGGGAGAAAAAUUGGGACUCCAAUUCAGUAGAGAGAAGUCUGGGGUAAUAGUAUACAAUGCAGAAAGGGGGGAACCAUUGGAAAUACAAAGCACU